AUGGAGUCCAACUCGAAAGAAACUCUCGACUCCGCUAGUGGCAGCCUGCCACUACAAGUCUCAAUGGCAGCCGAGCCAAGUCCAACGCCUGUCUCCGAAAAGACUGCGCAGGCAUCAGCUGGACCAGAUCCGAAAGCCUUUCCCGACGGUGGUUUGGAGGCAUGGCUUGUUGUAAUGGGCGGCUUUUGCGCCGUUUUUGCAAGCUUUGGUUGGAUCAACUGUGUUGGAGUCUUCCAAGACUACUAUAAGUCAACUCUGCUUCCGAACUACUCGUCCAGCCAAGUCGCUUGGAUACCUUCUACCGAAUCCUUCAUGAUGUUCUUUUGCGUGCGUUAUGUCAUCGUGGGAUCAUUUCAAUCAUCAACUGAACAAGAUCAUAGGGACCAGUGGUUGGUAGAUUCACGGAUCACUACGGCCCGCGAGUCCCCAUUGUGA